AGUGUAACUUGACCUUGACCUUGUAAUAAAUGCAUGGUGGCGAGAAGCGAGACGACAAAACGACGAAUAUCAUGAUUUUAAUGUAAUCUGAGGUAUAUCUAGAAAACGGAGAAGUCAACCCUCUGAAACAAGAUGUCUGACGGUCAGAAUAUUGAGCUUGUCCUCCACAUGGUCAAUAAAAUGUGUGGUGAGCUGGUGGACAAGGGUCAGGAGUACUUUCUGGUAACAGCCAGUCCAAACAAAGCCUUGAACAUAGGCUCAGCCAAGGGCAGACAAUUCCUGCAGGCCAACACCGAUGUGGUUCAGCGCUUCAUCAAACAUUGCUACAGUUCCAAGGCGACGGUUAGAGAACAGGGUCUGGGGGAGAAAUCAAAGACAAAACCAGUAGGAUUGGAGACGACCCCAAAAAUUACACAACAUACUGCCAAGUUGGUGCCGUUAGCAAAAGUCCAACAGAAAACACCACAGAGCUCCACACUGGAACCUUCACCACGGUCACUCCGGAAAGGUGAGGGAAAGGACGGAAAUUCUAAGAAACCAACAGCAACACAAAAAAGUAAAAGCGUGGAAAGCCCGUCUGGUGCUGGUAGUGUUCUGUCUGCUGUUAACCUUACAGCCACCACAACCAAGGUGAACAAACCAGUGGCGGGGACUAAAAACAGUGCUGGCUCCAACACUGUGGGCAGUAGAGUCGGGGAGAGAGGCGAAACCUCACAAGGGGAUGAACUGGAGCAAACGAAACUGAAGGUGGAACUUCCUGACUCGCCCUACGUCAGUAGCCGUCCACUUCCUGACUCGCCCUUCGUCAGUAGCCGCAUCGAAGAUACAGCAGAAUCAAAUAAAGCGGAUGAAACAAGCUCCCCCACUAGAAUGUCCCUUCGUGCACAGCGAAAACGUAAAAUAUUUACCGAUUGUGAGAUGAGCCCGUUAAAAUUUGUCCGCCAAACAUUUCAAAAUGAGUUGAAAACUCCACCAGUCAGUAAAAAGGCCAGUAAAGCAAAGGGAGAUAAAGACCAAGUAACCCAUCUGAGGUCUGGCAAGAAAACUCCAACAUUAGACAAGGACAAAGUAAAGGGGAACGCUAAAACAUCCAAGUCUGAUGAAACCAUGUCCUCCUCUGAUAAAAAAAGAUCUAAAAGUCCCUCGGGGCAUUCUACAAAAUCAACAAAAAAAUCUAAACAAGGAGCACUGGGAGACAAAUCUGUAGAGUUACAGAACUGUACGGUAAAGUUGUCGGUCCUAUCCGGGACUACACAUAAAGCAGCGAAACCUGGCAGCAGCUCCGGGGAUUGUUCUCAAGUUUCUGUAAAGUCAGAAGAACCUAGGCCGAGAGGCAGGAGAUCGGAGGACCAAGUUAAGGCUAGGAAUGUUGCAACACUUCCUCAUAAAACCCAAGUAGGUCAGACUAGGCACUCGGGUAAAGAAUACACUGGUAUCAAGGAGGUGGAAUCACCGAGAGACGAGAACACAGAGUCUAGCGAGACUUGUGUCAAAAGUGAAGCCGGAUCACACGAUGAACCGGAACGUGUAACAGACAAUGAGGUGGAUUUAAAUCUGGAGUGUACCGUCGAAAGUGACGAGGACUUUGAGGACAAUAAUUACGUUGACGACAGCGACGAUGAGGAUUUCAACGUUGUUGUCAGGAAAAGGGUGUUGGUCAGAAAAUCUUCAUGUCCGUCAUUUAGGAAAAGUGUUCAGAAAGCUGUGAAAGGUAAAGGGAUACGCGGACGGAAAAAAGGUGUCAAAUAUAAAUCGCCAAAAGUGGAGAGUUUUCCCUGUUCCAUAUGUGAGAAAGUGUUCAGGGGAGCAGGAGCCAUGGCGCGUCACGCUAUUGUCCACACAAAGCAGUGCAUGGAGUGUGAGGAAGAGUUCCCUGACCAUGAAAGCCUGUUAGUUCACAGAAAAACUUGUAAGCUGGUGAAGCGUAGUAAUAAACUCUACCCCUGUGACAAGUGCGACCUGGUUUGCAUAGCUCCGUGGUCGUUAAGGCGUCAUCAGAUAGCGUCGCACGAGUGGCGCUGUCGAUAUUGUAAGCGUCUUUAUGACUCAGAGGAGAGUCUAGAUGAUCACUUGGAGAAUUGUAUCGACAAGGCGGUGAAGGAGAGCGAGCAGCAGGACCGUAUAGACGGCCAGCGACAAGUAUGUGGCACAUGUGGCAAGCAGUUCGCUAACAAAGGAAUCCUGAUGUCACACAUGAGGUGUCACACAGAGGAAGUUACCUCCCUUAUCAGUGAGAUCUGUGGGGUCGACUUGGAACAGGUGGACAGGAUUGUAGACGAUAUUGGAGGUGAAUCAAAAGAGAAUGAUGGUCUACAGGAGGCAGAAAAAGCCCUGUCCCCCCGUCUUCUGAGGUGUGUGAACUGUGGUGUGGAGUUCCGCACACCUAAGGCCCUGACAAAGCACAGGAAAACUUGUGUGGUGGAGACGAAAAACUAUGUGUGCCAGCAAUGUGACAAGUCCUUCAAACUGCGCUGUGAACUGAAUAAACACGCAAGAAAUUAUCACCCAGAGACAUAUUCCAUGCGUGCUUUGUACCGUAAUGAACGCGACCUCGGCGAGCGAAUUUGGUGCAAGUACUGCAACAAGACCUCCUACAACCACGCCUGGAUGAAAGUUCACACUGAGGGUCACAUAGAGAAAGGGGACUUACUGCUGGAGGCAAAGGAAGAAUCGACAGAGGAGGACAUGGAGACUGACCCACUGACUAAAGGGAGUGAGCUCGGCAAGGUUAGGUCAGAGGUCACAGAAACUAUGUCCGAGGUCAAUGAACCAAAUCCAGAAAAUCCAGAGGCAACUGACACUCAUGUUGAUCGUGAUGCAGAAUCUGAAGUUAACAAAGAAUCUGCAUUAGAUAGGUCGACAAUCAAUGAUGCGGGGUCAGAGGUCAAUGACUCAGUGUCAGAAGUUGGGGGUCCAUUGUUCUCGGAAGACGGCAGUGUUCUGUUGAGUUCAUUGAGGUGUAAGCUUUGUAAGAUAUCGUUCAAGAACAAACAUGAGCUAUACUCUCAUGCAGUUUCUCAUCGUGUGUUUAAGUGUGAUAUUUGUGACAAGGUACUUGCUAGUGCUGGGUCACUGAAAAAGCACCUGCAGAUUGCCCACAGUUCCCAGCGUGACUACAUGUGUGAGUUGUGUGGGAAGGCGUUCAAAACACCACGCUGUGUUCAGCAACACAUUGGCAAAGUCCAUGCCAAUCGAAAUUCACAUAAAAACGAAGAACCCCCAGGGCCUCACGUGUGUCCCGUCUGUGACAAGGUGUUUGAUUCCAGACGUCUCUUAACUAAGCACAAGUACUACCACAAGGACCGGACUACAGCAUGUCCUGUCUGUGAGAAGUGUUUCUCGGGCAAGGGGGAAAUGUUGUACCACCUCAAACAUGUACACUCUGAUGCACGAAACUACGAGUGUGCUCUCUGCCAGAAAUCUUAUAAGACCAAGUCGUCACUACGAGAGCAUAGAGCACAGCAUCACAUGAGUCGGGAAGGUUGGCGACAUCGUUGUGAGUAUUGUGACAAGUUGUUCAACAAGAAAAGUCAGUUGACCUACCACAAGAAGGUACACACUGGAGAUAAGCCGUUCUCAUGUAGCCACUGCGAGCUCACCUUCACUCAGAAAGGGAAUCUGUACAAACACCUGCAGACUGUCCACAUCAGGGAGGUCCAGUACACGUGUGAGUUGUGUGGUAAGGGAUUCUACCUCAACGAGAACUACAAGCUCCACAUGAGAACGCACGCGGUAGAGAACGGUACGGCUGCUAACGUUGGGGAUAAGUAUGGGGCCAUCAGCCACUGUACAAUCUGUAACCGCUACUUCCCGCGUACAUGUACGUACAAAGCUCAUCUACUAAUGCACAAACAGGAGUGGAAAUACUCCUGUCCCAUUUGUAAGAAGAAGUUUGUCACGGUGACAUCGUGUACGCGUCAUUUAAAGACUCAUCUGAAAUGUAAUAUGAGUUCCCUGGAGAUCCGUGAGAAAUUUCCGCUGAAGAUUGGAACCUCUGAGACCUCGGUAAUGUCUCAACUAAUAUCCGAGGUCACGACAGACGGGAGCCAGGAUAAGUCUGGGUCAGCUGGAACCAAGGGAGCUCACUCUAAAUCAGUUCUAAUCAAGAAGACGACGUCAAAGAUGAAACAUACUGAAGCGCCGAAAAAGAUAAAAUUAGAUAUACAAAAAUACAAGAAAGUAAUCAGCUCAAAAAAAAUAAUGAAAAGUGGAUCAGGCAACGUGCGUUCAGUGUUAGAAUCUUUAGCGACAGGCGGGGUGGUUGAGGAAUCGCCUGACAUCACACUCAACUUAGUUCCCAUGUUGGAUGACAGCCCCAAUACAUCUGGGGACAUCAGCUCCAUCAACAAUGCCUCCAGUAUCGCUAAGGCUGUGGAGUCUAUCAUGAACAGCCCCAGUACAUCCACAGCUGUCAAGUCUAUCGUUGACACCCCUUCUACAGCCGUCGAGUCUGACAUCGACGCCCCCAGCACAUCUUCAGCGGUGGAGUCUGUCGUUGACACUGGCAAUACAUCUUCAGCUGUUGAGUCGAUCCUCCUGGAAAAUGUGAAUAAUGUCAUGCAUUUGGAUGAUAAGAUGAUGGUGGCAGACACAAUGACAACCCUCGGGGAUCCGGAGAACAUCACUAUAAAUAACUCACAGGAAAUGUCGCCCAGUGAGCUUAACGACAUCCUGCAGACAGUGAACUCUGAGGACUUCCUACAGCAGCUUGGCAGUGGAAACAUCAUUCUAGUACAGCAAGGGGACACUAAGGCAUACGUCAUGUUGAAUACUGAGAGUACCUGUAUAGAUAUCAUCAAGUUUGAGGUAGAAGAUGAGAUGGACGAUAUCCCGACCCCUCAGGUAUUGGUACCUAAUGCCUCCCAGCUGAGUGUCCACAAUCCUGAUGCUGAGGUCCAGACUCCAACCAGCCAGGACUUGGACAGUAGUGACUCAGCUACUGACAGGUCAGGAGAUCGGGUUAUAAAUUCAGAACAAGACGGCACUGAAGAAAAACUCUUAGAUGAGGAAAUAGAGGAUAUGGACUGUAACAAUGAUAUUGCCGACGACUUUUCUAAUCAUCCCUCCCCAAGCCGGGCUGUUUCCACGCCAGGUUUGACAUCAUCAACGCUUGACCUGAAAACAGAAAACGUGGCCGUGUCUGAAACUGCAAAGAAAAGGGAUGAAAUAUCUGUUACCAGUGUCUCUGAUCAUUCUGACCGUGAAGCAGUUGUGGAGCUCACAACACCAGCACUACUCCCGAAUACUCCGGACGACUCGUCUGCAGCAAAAGAUAAAAAGGCAAUGAUGGAAACCAUGGGGCUUACAGAAAAACAGAAAUCCUCAUCACCUAAAACAAGGAGAACUCGUUCCUCUGUGGACAGAGAGGAGGAGGAGGAGGAUUCUGUUGCCACUCCUUCUCCAGCCAGAAAGAUCAGAAGCUCCCGAAAUUGUUCUACGCCUGUUUGGCUAGAUUUGAUUCCAAAACGAAAUAGAAAGCAGAAGAGCGGCCCGGACGUGUGUUUUACUAUAAAGAAGGAGAGUACAGGUGGAACUGGAGUCAGGAAACCACACAAGUUAACGCAAAAUUCAUCAGAAAUGCAGCAAAAUAAAAAACCUGAAACUUCUGAUGAUCAAACGCCAGUAAGAGUUGAAGUGAAAUCAAGUACCAGGCAGGUUAUAAAGAGGAAAAGUAUGGCAGAUGAUGUGGACAAAUCUGUGUCAUCUAAAAGGUCAAAACAAAGUCAGGCAUCCAACACAUCAACAACAACAAAUAGCAAACAAACAACUCCCACUGAGAGUCCACAACAGAGUCGACUGUCUAAGAGAUUGGCAUCAAAGUCUGACAAGGAGGCAACUCCAUCUGAAACCCCGAAACAGACUCGAUUGUCCAAAAGAUUGACCUCAAAAUCUGACAAGAAAGCAACCCCAGCUGAAACUCCAAAACAGACUCAAUUUGACAAGGAAGCAACUCCAUCUGAAACCCCGAAACAGACUCGAUUGUCAAAAAGAUUGACAUCAGAAUUUGAUGAGUCGGCGAUUUCUUCUGAAACCUCAAAAGAGGUUCAAGCAUCCAAACCAUUAACAUCAGAAUCUGACGGGGGAGCAUCACUGUCGGAAACCCCAAAACAGGCUAAAAGGUUAACAUCAGAAUCUGACGAGGAGACAAUCCCAUUAGUGACAAUAAAGCAGAAUGAAACCUCAAAGAUGUUGACAAGGAGAUCUGGAAAAAAGGCAGCAGCUGCUACUGAAUUACCUGAGCUAAGUAAAGUUUCCCGUAGAUUAAAAGCCAAGAAAAGGUUCCCUGGGUCUGAACUUGUGGAGGCUUCAACAGAGUCUAAGUGUGAUGUUUGUGAUAAAGUCUACAGCACCUUGCAGAACAUGCGUCGACACCGAAUCACUCACUCGGACUUCAAGGCGUACAAGUGUACUUUCUGCUCACAGCGUUUCCAUUACAUCCAGUAUCUACGGGAACACGUCGUGGGCUGUCUCAACAACCCACAACGGGUCAAGUAUCGUAACCACGAACGCAUGAGGCCCUCGCCGGUCAUGAUGAGACACCUUACAAUCGUACCCUCACCGGACGAACCGGACACAUUCAUCAACCUUCCUUUUAGUGAAAUGUCCGAUAAGUUAACAGAGGUGAACUCACAAGAAGAGAUACAAAAUCUAACAGCGGAAAAUACAGAGCAGGAAAUUCUCGAUGUGCUAGACAAGGUGAAGGCGUCCCAACCCGAGGUAAAUUUACAGGAGGCGAGGCGUUUACAUCGGGCGGCUACCAAAGAAUUUCGGGAGGGGAUUAACUCAGAGGAGUGGAUGACCGAGGAUGGUCAAUACAAAUGUUACAUCUGCGAGAAGAUCAUUGCAAACCAGUAUAACUUAUACCGACAUCUGCAGACUCACACCGAAUCAAGGCGUUAUAAGUGUACGUUCUGUGAGCGCCGCUUCGCCGUCGGACAAUACCUGAAAGAUCAUGUCAUCUCGUGUGUUAAGAACAGAAACCGUGUCACCUCGGCAACUAAUCGUCGACAAGUCGAUCCGGAAGUGAAGCGUAAAAUUAUAAUCCUGCCAUCGACUGUGGAGGACGGUACAUUUGUGAAUGCAGAAAUAGGAGAGGAUUCGGAGGGUGUUGAUGUAGACAGUGAACUCGAUUUAGGUCAUUUACCAGCUGGUUCCACUGGUGAUUCAGACAAAACCAGAAACUGGGAGAAUACUGAGGAUGAACCACUGGAGGAAAGCACACAGGUGCUUGAUGACGCCAUGGCAACUGAAGACCAGGAAGCAGUUUACAAGUGUUCUGUGAGGGAGUGGAAUAACUACUAUGCCCAUCGCUCAUAUGAUGGGACAGGCAAGAGUGCAUUCAAGCUCAGCGCACAAAUGAUCAGCGUGUUUAAAAAGGAGAAACAGUUGGGUGCUGAACGUGUUAAGAAGAAGGUCUCGUCUCCAUACCAUUGCACUGUUUGUAACUUGAAGAAAUUUAAUCGCGCUGAAACUCUCCGUCGACAUCUCUUUUCACACAUGGGCAAUAAUCACCAGUGCGAGAUCUGUGGGAUGGUCUUCCUUUACCAGGACUACCUGAAAGCUCAUGUUCUGCAACAACAUUUCGCAAUUAAAAGAAAUCGGAAAAGUCGGUCAUCCAAAUGUUUUACAUCCCAACCCCAAUCAUCUGGGUCUUUGUCCUGUGACAAAGCUAAACCUGAUGUGGUCAGCGCUGACUCUGAUCUGAAGACAAAUGGAUCUCAGAGCUCUGAUGGCAAGGCAAAGAGCUUGGAUGACAAGGCACAAAACUUAGUUGAUGAGGCAAAAAGCUCAGAUGACAAGGAACAAAGCUCAGAUGUCAAGGAACAAAGCUCAGAUGACAAGGAACAAAGCUCAGAUGACAAGGAACAAAGCUCAAAUGACAAGGAACAAAGCUCAAAUGACAAGGAAUAUACAUGUGACAAUUGUGGAAAAGUGUUCAAGAUCAAAUAUAGGCUUAAUGUUCACAAGUCAAUGUGUCUUAAGAAAACUGGGAAAACAUCACGUCUGAGGCAUAAACUUGAUAGAAAGUGUGUGAGGAAACUACAGAACUUCAAAAAACGCAUUUUAUAUCAGUGUGUGGAAUGCCAGAAUAAAUUCUUCAAAUACGAAAACCUGUUGUGGCACCAGUUCAGUAACCACGGCUUGGCCUCCUUCACCAAGUGUCCGGUGUGCUCGGAGACGACGGACAACGGACGUCUAUUGACUCACCUGAUAGAACGCCACCAAAGCUAUCAGUGUCAGCAAAAGACGAGCAAGGCGGCUCCGCCCCAGUACAACUUCCAGUGUAACCAGUGCGAUAAGAAGUUCACCAAGGAACUCACCAUGCUGAUACACCAGCAGAAGCACAUGUCGGGUAAGGACCAGUUUGACCCCGCCCUCGGUAACCAGUGUCCGGUGUGUAAGGUGAACUUUGUAACCUUCGGAAACAUGAGGCGUCACUUCAAGGUGGUUCACAGUGACGAGAAACCGUUCAUGUGCCAUCUUUGUGGCAAGUCAUUCAAAACCAACGACACCUUAAAGUCCCAUGUGAAGAUACACGAUCGGGAGAAACACCUCAAGUUCAGGUGUAAAACCUGUGGUAAGGGAUUCUUCAGAAAUCGUCUGUUAAAGGAGCAUGAGACCCUGCACAUUCCCGGGGCAACAACAUGCAUGUGCGACAUCUGCGGGAAGCGCUUCCGUCUGAAGCCGAAUCUAAGUAAACACAUGAACAGUGUUCACAAUGUCGAGCGUAACCAUGUGUGUCAGACCUGUGGCAAAACAUUCAAACUCAAAGAGCAGCUCAAAAAUCACAUGCGUUACCAUGUCAUUAAAGACGGUAAGGUAGGAGAGGUAGGAAAUAAGUACGGAAAGAUCUAUAAAUGUGAGACAUGUGGUAAGUUCUGUCCCUCCAGCUACUCACUAAAGAUACACAAGACCUCCCACUCCUCAGAGAGACCAUACCCCUGUGAGGUGUGUGGACGGAGGUUCAAGGUAAAGAGCAAGGUCCAACGGCACAUACAGAACGUCCACAAUUUUACGGGCAAAACCCGGCGCCCAAGGAAAACAGCUGACAGCAAACAAAUUAUAACUGCCACACAUUCGAUGAAGGAGGAGGCUGUCUGGUCGUCACAGAAUGAUGAGAAUAUUGCGGAGAGUAUCGUGGAAGUGAUAGUAAACAGUGAGGCUGAGUUGGUAGAGAGCACCAAGAUGUAUUCCCUGUUAGAUCACUCCUACAGACCCUCUACUUCUGGUGCCGCCUCCACGCAACAUUUGUCCCCCAACGAUCAGGCCGUGAUCAACGAGGCGGUCAAGGGCAUCACCGCCGAGGAGGACACGGAAACAAACUACAUCAUACAGGAUGUUCAGGAAAUUGAAGAUCAGCCGGGCAUGUACAUCGUCUCAACAGAUACGCCAGUGGAGGCUGGGUCGGAGUCAAACGAAACACAGACAUUCAGUCUGAGUGUGGAUGAAGGGCCGAAGACUCUAAUCUACUACAUCACCACUGACUAGUAUCUGGGUCGGAGUCAAACGAAACACAGACAUUCAGCCUCAGUGUGGAUGAAGGGCCAAAGACUCUAAUUCACUACAUAACCACUGACUAGCUAUGUCCUUGGGGAUUCAUCAGGGUUUUGGGAAACGGACCCUGCAAUGAAAUCAGGAAAAAGCAUCACAUAAUAGCCAUUUUGGGAUAUUUGGAUAAUCAUUAUAACAACUCAGAGAUUAGAUUAUUUAACUUUUAAUUAAGUCUGUCUUUAUAACAACAUGAUAAUUAUGUCCUUCCUACGUAUGCUGAAUUUUGAGAACUCAGUCAAUCAAUAGGAGUUAUCUAAAUAUAUGCAUUUAUUUGUUUGUUUAGAUUUCCAAUUUUGAAAUUUUAAAGGGGUAAAUUGUGAAAAACUACAAACUUUUUCAAUUAGGAAUGGGUCCUCUAAACAGCCCUUAAGAGUAUCCUGAUAAACCCCUGCUCCUGUCUAAAGUGUAUCAGGUAGACCCCUGCUCCUGUCUAAAGUGUAUCAGGUAGACCCCUGCUCCUGUCUAAAGUGUAUCAGGUAGACCCCUGCUCCUGUCUAAAGUGUAUCAGGUAGACCACUCGAGGUCUCUCGGCUCACUGCCGUGACAGUACUCUCCACUGGAACGUGUCGAUGAUGUAGCAGGUAUAUAGAUACGGUGUCUGACUACAGGACAAUACUCUCCAACCUAGAGUAGUUUUACAUAGACCACUCAAGGUCUCUCACUGCCGUGACAGUACUCUCCACUGGAACAUGUCCAUGAUGUUUCUGGUAUAUAGAUACAGUGUCUGACUACAGGACAAUACCCAGACAAAGAUCUCCUUGAUGUAGAUAGGGGGUUUAAUCAUAGUACUGUAAAUAUACUUGUUUAAGCAGUACUCUACUUUUAGUGAUUUUCACAUUUGAAAUAUUGCAUCAAAUUAUGAUUACACUGACAGAAGGUUCUGUAAGUCAUCUUUUAUUGUAUUGUGGAUUCACCAAUAGAUCAGUGUUCUAAUCUGUAUAGUUUGAUGAAACAUUAAAGUUUAGUUUCUAAAUUAAGUAUGUUUACAGUAACUGGCCCUCAAAUUACUCUCAAUGUUCAGUUUGAUUGUAAUUCUAUCUUUUUGUGCUGAAUUAUAAUCAGAAAACAUAUUGUGAGUUGAGUAAAGCCUUGGUUACAAAAAUCCUGAUAUCUGCCCUGUGCGUGUAACGGUUUGAAACAUUUACUGUGUAUUAACGUAACGGUUUGAAACAUUUAAUGUGUAUUAACUCCAGCUUUCCUAGUUACAUGAACAUUAGUGACUACAGAUGUAUACCUGCAGAUCAUGAAAAUAAAUAAUGAAUCAAAUAGUUUGUAAACAAAAAUCCUUGAAAGAGAGUAUUGUUAUACAUCACACAAUACACCGUAUGACUUAGUGAUUUACGUUAGGGUCGGUAAAACUGUGAUGUGUAUGUGUUCCCAGGAAACAUUUGGUCCGACGUAUCACUAUGAUUUAUGUUUUCCGUUAGUGGGAUCUCUUGUACAUGUUUGUAGUAUACUGAUUUUUGUUUUCAGAUAUCAUGUUAUUUUGUAGAGUGUUAGUAUGUACAUAACAAUGUUUGAACACAUAAUUAUGUCCUAAUUCUGUGACAGAUGUUACAGGUGGUAUAUUCUCCGUACUAGAAAGAUUUAAUAAUUGGUAAAUGUAAUUAUAUUUAAAAAAUACAAAUCAUUGUUUUUCACAACCUCAGCCAAUUACAUCAUAUACUUACAGGGGAAUAUUGAUAGAGUCUGUCAUAUGUAGGAUUAAUAGAAUCUUCCCCUACCUAGCUUGAGGGUGUGACAGAGAAAUCGCCACCCCGAGGGGGGAUGUUUUUGCCGAGGGUUAGACAACCAAAAAAAUCACACAGAGGGUUGGAGAUUUCUCUGUUAUACCCUC